AUGGAGUUUGCCAUGGUGGGUGCGGACGGCGGGUGCAAUAGUCACCUGCCGUACGGGUAUGCCCAAGCUCGCGCACGGGAGAGAGAGCGCGAGCGGGAGCGCCAGGCUGCCCAGUCUAGAGCGGCGGCUGCUGCGGCCGCUGCCGAAGGAGGUGCGGAGGGAGGCGGCAGCGGUGGAGGUGGUAGCGGUGGCUGCAGCGGCGGCGUGGGGGGGUCCACCUCCUCCUCCUCGAGCGCUCAUCUCCUUAACAACCGCCAGCAUCAGUCUCGCGCCGCCUCCGCCUCCUCAGCGAACAUCAGCAGCGGCGGUACCGCCUCGCGCCCCUCCUCCUCCACCUCCUCCUCCUCGCAGCACCAGCAGGAGCCCGAGCAGCAGCAGAGAGUUGUCAGAGAGCGGAAAAAGCAGCGCGGCGUCGGACGGUGGAGACGCAGCCGGACGACACUCGGCGGGGACCUGCGCCACUCGGAGCUGGCGCUGCUCGGAUCCGAGGAGGACAUCAUGAUUGAGGAGGAGGAGGAGGAGGCCGAGGGAGCAGAGGAAGAGGAGGAGGAGGAGGAGGAGGGGGACAGGGGGAGCAGGAGUUUUCUGUGCAACAUGGAUGAUGAGGAGGAGACGGUGUCGCUCACUGACCGGCGCCCUCAGUCCGGGUACGAAAACGUUUACAGCGAGUGCGGCUGCUGCGAGCGAGUCGUCAUCAACGUGUCGGGGCUCAAGUUUGAAACUCAACUCAAGACUCUCACUCAGUUCCCGGACACUCUCCUGGGAGACCCCGACAAGCGGAUCAGGUACUUCGACCCGCUGAGGAACGAGUACUUCUUCGACCGGAACCGACCGAGUUUUGACGCCAUCCUAUACUAUUAUCAGUCCGGUGGCCGGUUGAAAAGACCAGUAAACGUCCCGUUUGACAUCUUCUCCGAGGAAGUGAAGUUUUACGAACUCGGGGAAGAGGCGAUCCUAAAGUUUCGCGAGGAUGAGGGUUUUGUGAAGGAGGAGGAGAAACCGUUACCGGAGGACGAGUUCAAGCGCCAAAUCUGGCUGCUUUUUGAGUAUCCGGAGAGCUCGAGCCCUGCCAGGGGGAUCGCAGUGGUGUCCGUGCUCGUUAUAGUAAUUUCUAUUGUCAUUUUCUGCCUGGAGACGCUGCCAGAGUUCAGGGAUGAAAAAGAGUAUCUACAGCCACGACACAACUCCUCUCAACCUGACCACGGAUUUACUCCUUUCAACGACCCGUUUUUCAUCGUGGAGACGGUUUGCAUCAUCUGGUUCUCCUUUGAGAUUAUAGUCCGCUUCUUUGCGAGUCCGAGCAAACCCGCGUUCUUUAAAAACAUUAUGAACUCAAUAGACAUUGUAUCCAUUUUGCCUUACUUCAUAACUCUCGGCACGGACCUAGCGCAGCACCAAGGAAACGGGCAGCAGGCGAUGAGCUUCGCCAUCCUGAGAAUAAUCCGCCUGGUCAGGGUGUUUCGCAUCUUCAAACUGUCCCGGCACUCCAAGGGGCUGCAGAUUUUGGGUCACACCCUGCGCGCCAGCAUGAGGGAGCUGGCCCUCCUCAUCUUCUUCCUGGUCAUCGGUGUCAUCUUGUUCUCCAGCGCGGUGUACUUCGCGGAGGCGGACGAGCCCACGUCGCAGUUCACGAGCAUCCCAGACGCGUUUUGGUGGGCCGUGGUGACGAUGACGACGGUGGGCUACGGCGACAUGAAGCCCAUCACCGUCGGGGGGAAGAUAGUGGGCUCCCUGUGCGCCAUCGCGGGCGUGUUAACCAUCGCGCUCCCGGUGCCGGUCAUAGUGUCCAACUUCAACUACUUUUACCACAGGGAGACCGACAACGAAGACCAGACGGCGGUGGUGGAGAGCAUGCCACCCGGGUGUCCCUAUUUCCCGGACUUUUUAAGGAAAUUCAAAGGCUCGCCCUCUGGCUCCUCGCUGGGUGACAAAGCGGAGUACAUGGAGAUGGAGGAGGGGGUGACGGAGUCGCUUUGCGGGCUGGACAAAAGUCCCAGUAAAGGAAACGGCACAGACAUAGGCAGGAAAAACAGUACUAACUCCAAAUCCAUUCAGACUGACGUGUGAUUACAAGUUUUUGUUUUCCUUUUUUUACGCCCUAUAAAGACACUGUAUGCCCAAGAGCAGGUGGUCCCCAUAUCACAAGUUUUACGCACGCCUCAGAGCCCACACACACACACACACACACACACACACACACACACACACACACACACACACACACACACGCACAAACACACUAAUUGGCAAAAUGUUUCACUCACUCCAUCUCCAAAAUUUUCUCCAAAACUUUUAGAAAAAAAAAAGUUUUGAAUUCGUCUAACCUGUGCGGGCUUCCAAAUCUGACACAAAAUUAAAAGUCAACAUGACAGGCUAUGCAUUCGCACUUUAUGAGUUUCAUCUGUCAAUAACAGAAAGAUCGUUUUGCUGUUAUGCAAUAAAGUUUAAAAAUUUGUUUGCACUAAUGUAGAAUUUGCGCUGGGUUUGGCUGACUUUUCUUUCAGAGACAGAAACUGUAGGCCAUGCAAAUGGCAAUAAUUGAGUCAUCCUCUGACCACUUAGCCGAAGAAUGUUCGAGUAACUUCCUCAAAGAGAGCAAACUAAUGAUAUUAAUGACCUCUUACAUGCGCUGCCAAUAAAAAUUGGACUCCAACAAAGGGAAAGCCUGAGACAGAAACAAGACUUCUCUUACUGUUCCAACACUUAUUAUGAACAAAGAGCUCACUGAUAGCAUUUAGCAGUCAUCAAAUAAACCAGGGCUAGCGUUAUUUCUAUGACAUACACAGAUAUGCUUUUCCACACAAAAAGCCUUGUGUUGUUGACCCACUAUGAGAGCUAAGCACAGGAAACAUCAGCUCAAAAAAAUGGCUGGAGAAAUGACUUGCCCCGCCAGGUUUUUUUUUGUACGGACAGGCUUGGAGCCUUGGCGACAACAGUUUCCCCAGUUUCAUUUCAAAACCACCUCAAAUGACAAUAUCCCUUUACACGGACGCAGAUGGAAAGCUAUAGCAAAAACGACUCUGUUGUGGAAAACUCCUCGGAGGGGAGCUUGCGAGCAACUUCCUCUCCUGUCCGCUGGACUUCGUGCACAAUUUUUUUUUCUCAAGAGGACUAUGAUUAUCUCCGAGCUCAGAGGAUCUCCGGGAUGUGGAUGUCUUCCAAGUGCUGCCAGUUACAGGGAGAGGGAGUAUCCCCCUACAUCUCUGGAAAUUGCAGAGAACAAGCAAAACAUUGUGACUGGUCAUCCUGAGCACGAGCGGAGACCGAAAAAGCAACAAACAACUGGACGGGACUCGGCACUUGAACAAGCCGGGGAUGAGAGCUGCUGCGUGACAUCAGUAAACAAACCCCCGAGGGUUGAGACUGGAGUUGGCGAAUGAGUAAGUCGUGGCCCAAAAUGAUUGCCUUAAUUACUACACAUAUACAGAUGUAUGAAGUAAUGAAACUAAGAGACUUAUAGUUCAGAGUUUAAAGAUGUUUUCUUUACAUGUGAAAAAAAGUGUCUUGUAAGGAACAGAUGUGAAUAUUUUAUUAUGAUAGAGAUAAUGUUUGGUUGUAAUGUCGACAUAAUGUUUUAGUUGGGUCGGCUUCGUAGGUGUCAUUGGUUACUAAAUGGUGAGUUUGCUCUCUGCUUCUGCGCAGUCAGCACUACGACUUAAUCUAUUUUUAUCUUGUUUCAUAUUGUCAACCAAACAAGGCUGGCCUGAGUUGCUCACUCAAACGCUGGCGACAAAACUCUUAAUUCACAUUGUGUCAUAACACAUGAAAAUCCUCAUUCAGAGCGUGUAAAGAGGGUCGAGAGAGAAGACAAAUAUUGACUGGCUCAAUGCGACACUGAAAUACAUCAAAAGAACAUCCUCGUACAUUAAGAUCCACUUACACUAAAGUAAAGAUGUCAGGCACAUAAACACCACCAUAAAUAUCCGCCGCACUCACUUUCUAUCACAGAAAAACAGCGGGUGAAACUCGCAGGGCUUUCACCGUCAAGACGAGAUACCUUAGGAUUUUUUUCUCAGAUGCAAAUUUAGAGCUGACCAGCUGCUUUGUUGAUAUGUUUUCACUUUAACUGUAUGCAAAAGUAACAUGGACGUGUGUUAUAUAUUUUUUUAAACCUAGCCUUGAUAAUUACAUAACCAAAGGUGAAACCCUGAAUUUAUUGUAUGUUGUGGACUUCUGGAAAAUGUCGUGAUAUAGAUGCACACUGAAUAGGAAAAAAAAUGUAAAUAGCAGACAUUUAUACUUGUGUGUCCUAAGAUGUGUUGCAGAUAGAGUAAUUUGAGACUUUUUACUUUACUUUGACUGUUAUGACCAUCGACCAUAAUCAUCUGUGUUUGGUUUGUCCCUCGCUGAUACAAUCAUGUUCCUCAUAUUGUUGCAAAUGCUGCUCCAACAUAUUUUCUUCUUCUUUAUUUUAUUUUAGUUUUUAAAUACUGCACAUUAAAAACGCACCUACUCAUUCAUUUGGCAUACAAAAACAUGAGGUUGCUGAUGUUGUUUGUCAGAGAAGCGUUUGAAUAUGGUUACCUCUCUUAGACCUACAAAGUUACCCGUGAAUGAAAUGAUUAGUAGUUUUAUUUUUGGAAGUAGUAGUGAGUUUUAUUACAUAUCUUAAUAAAGACGGUGUUUUAUUUUC